AUGGAGAGCAAGGGAACAGAAGCUGGUAUUGCUGCUAUGGCGGCCUGCUACAAGGGAUUUGACCCUGCGGCCUAUCUGCAAUAUAACUACACCGCACCUCGGGCUGACUUUGAACGACAGGACAGCAUCGUGCCAUGGAAACUGGGCUGCCUGCACAGAGCUUUUACUGAAGGUGAUGUGAGUGGCGAGGUGCUGGUGGACAUUGGCUCAGGCCCCACCCUGUACCAGGUGCUGAGUGGCUGUGAGGUUUUCAGCAAGGUGCUCCUCACAGACUUCCUGGAGGUGAACCGUCAGGAGCUGAAGCGCUGGCUGCAGGGCCAGGGAGGAGACAGCAUAGACUGGACACCCUACCUGCAGCACGUCUGCAAGCUGGAGGGACGACGGCCCUCGGCAUGGACAGAGAAAGCUGCCCGGCUGCGUCUGGUGGUCUCGGACGUCCUCCCUAUAGAUGUGCACCGCCCUCAGCCUCUGGCCCGUGACGCCCUUCCCUCAGCUGGGGCCGACUGCCUGGUGUCCUCCUUCUGCCUGGAGAGCGUCAGCCCUGACUUUCCUGCUUUCAAAAGAGCCCUGAUCCACAUUCAGGGGCUCCUUCGACCUGGAGGCCACCUUCUCCUCAUCGGAGCCCUGGGUGAGAGUUACUAUCUCGGCGGGCCUGGCAUAAAGAUCCCUGUGGUGCCACUUGACGAGGCCCAAGUCUGUGCUAGUUUGAAGGAGAGUGGCUUUACUCUGAUCAGGCUGGAGGUUUACGUGCUACCUGCGGAUAUGAGGGUGGGAGUCGAUGAUGUGUCUGGGGUGUUCUUUGUAAAGGCGAGGAAGGAUUAA